AUGGUUCACGAACAAUGGCGCAAUCAACUUGAUUACUUCAUCGCCCUUCUGGGAUAUGGAGUGGCAUCAGGAGCAUUCAUCAGGUUCCCUUUCUACUGCAUGCGCAAUGGAGGAGGGCUUGAUCUUGCCUUCAUCGUCUACCCGGAGGUCAUUUCUGCUCUACCUCUGCCUCAGCUGUGGUCUGUGAUGACCUUCCUGACCUUGAUGUCUUUGGCUAUCGAUUCUAUGGCACCGGGUGUUGAACUUGUCAUCGCUGCCUUGGAGGAUAUGUUUCCGCGGUUGAUGAAGCGACGCUGGCUCAUCAUUGGUGCUGUGCUCCUCAGUCUCUUCCUGACUAGUUUGAUAUAUGUUUCACAGGGUGGGAUAUACGUGGUGACGCUUGUGGACUGGUACGCCUACUUCCCAUCGACGGCCGUGUUUGGCAUCCUUGAGUGCAUUGCUGUGGGUUGGUGUUAUGGAGCAAAGAGGCUUCAGGAGGAUAUCCGUACGAUGUGGGGAAAGACGAUACCUCGGGUCAUGGUCAUAAGUUUCAAGUUUGUGUGUCCUCUAUUUCUAGUCGUGAUCUGCUGCUACUCCUUCUACUCCUACCGACCCCCAAAGUACGGGGACUACAUCUACCCCACCUGGGCAACAGCUGUUGGGUGGCUCAUAUCCUUUUCAUCACUCCUGCCGUUUCCGAUUGUCUUCAUCUGGACGGUUUACAACACUCCAGGAGCAACCAUGCAAAAGAAAUUGAAGAAAUCGUUCAAACCCAAUGAAUACUGGGAUCGAUCAACGCCUCAGGAAGAUGUCCCUGGUGUGUUUCAACCAAUGGUGGUACUCAGGACAUGCGUUAACUCUUAAAAGCCCAAGAAUAUUUCUUCAAAGUUUAUUUUCUUUAAUUCUAUAUUCAAUGGAUACAUAUAACACUCUACUUUCGGUUCAUCUUCACCGUUUGAAUUCUCUCGAACAGCCUAAGUAUAUAAUCUUCAUGUUAUUUUCUUCAGAUUUUUUUAAUGCUAUAUUCAAUGAAUACAGAUGACUCUCUGUUU